UUGUGUUUUGUGUUUGCUUGAAAUUGAUGGUUUUGCAGGUGAUUGUAAAGAACAAUUGCUUAAAUCUUUUGAAUGAACUGUGAAACUGUGGCAAGCAUUGAUUUCUAUACACAUCACACUGAUACCCAUAGAGAAUAUAGCACUUUAGUUUUAUUUUGUAUUUGUUUUUUUUUCAUUGACAACAUACACUACACAAAUUAAAAUGACAGAUCCCAAUGCUCAACAUAGUACCCUUGUGAACAUGGAGGUGCCUGAUGUAGCCACUCCUCCUUGGCCACCGGUGUACCGCCAAGCUCCUUCAACAGGUGUUCACACCUUUUGUCACACACCCACACUUUUCAGAGGUUCUGCCCCACCAAGAGCACAUGUGCGGUUUGCAUCUCCACCAUUAGGCGGCAGCACUCCAGCUCAAGUACCCAUGGCAGAACAGAGACACAGCGACUCUAUGCAAUUAUGUUCAACAACGCCAUCAUUUGACAUGACAUCAGCUAUUGCAUCACCCCCUUCACGCUUAUCAUCAGGGAUACAGUAUGAACUGCCAGGAGAUCUUCCAACACCUAGAAGAGAAAUUGGACAACUUACUUCACAAGUUCAAGGAAAUUGGGACACCAUAUAUGAUUUUAUGACCAAGCAUGAGAAGGCUGUGACUGAACUUACCAAGGAGUUACAAUCCAGUUCAUCUAAUCACAAGAAGGAGACCACUGAACUUGCUGGUAAAAUGGAGGAAAUGAAGCAGCACAUGUCCGUCACUUUAUCUGCACACAAAAAACAGGCCGACAGUGAGACAGAUCAGACACUUAAAGCCAUAAAACUGAUGUUAACAGAAGAACUAAAGAAGACUGAGAAUACUUUGGUAUCGGAAAUGCAAUUCCUUGUGCAACAAUUGCAGGCGGAAGUUCAGCAGGACAUUCAGGCACUCCAAAGGAACCACCAGAGAUCUUCUGAUGAUUUGCUGAAAGAAACCAAUCAAUUAAUUUCAUUUACGGGGAAACUUUCAACAAACCUCAGUGAAUUGCAAUCACAAAUGGAGACAAAAUUCGACAUUCAGGAGAAAACCAUUGCUGACCUAAAAGUGAAAAGUGUUUCUUCCUCUAACACAUCUUCUCUUGUCACCACUCCAGUUUCCAUCCCUACUCCAGUUCCCAUACCUGCCACUGUUGUAAAAAGCGAUCACAUCAAAGUUACAUUCCCCACUUUUGGAAGACCUAGUGAUGAUCAAGAUCCUUUAUUAUACAUCACACGCUGUCAAGACUUUCUUGCUUUGCAUCCACUCACCGAUGAUGACAUCUUAGCCACCUUCAGAACCGUUCUCUCAGGUACUGCUCGUGACUGGUGGGAGGUAGCAAGAACCACGGUUACAAGCUGGAUGGAAUUUCAAUCUGCUUUCCUCUCAGCUUUCCUUGCAGAAGACUACGAGGAUGAACUGGCUGAACGUGUUCGAAAACGAACCCAAGGAGAAAAAGAGUCGAUUAGGGACUUUGCUUUUAGUUAUCGAGCACUUUGCAAGCGAUGGAAAUCGGACCUGGAGGAAAGGGACAUAGUUAAGAUGAUACUCAAGAACAUAAAACCAUACCUUGCUAGUCAUCUUCGUGGACAUGUUAGCACUGUGGAAGAACUUGUACGUCUUGGCCACCAGCUAGAAAGAGACCACGAACAACAAACACAAUGUGAUAACCGAACAAUGCCCAAAACCACUACCACGUCAGUUAAAGGAACAGCAUCCACCCCACCUGUUGUACAAUGUUGGCGCUGCAAAGAGCUACAUGCCCCAGGCAGCUGUCCACAUUAUGUCUCCUCAAGCCAACCUACACAAUCUGCAAGUCAUCAGCCAUACUCGAACAGACGAAAUUAUCAUCCACACAAGCCAGGUCCACCUUCUCAUAAUACAGUGUCUUCAGUAUCUACAAAGAACUCAACCACAGAUCAGCAUAAUACUCCCCUUACACCUAGAGAAAAAAUUCCCGGAAAUUCUGUCUGCAUUCCACAACAGUUAAUGGUACCUGUUAGCAUUGGCCCAUGGAAAGGAAAGGCCAUUGUAGACACGGGGGCAAGUUACACCCUCAUCCACGAGUCACUAUGGAGAAGCUUGUCACAGACACCCCCUGACCUUCAACCUUGGACUCGCGGACCACUCUAUUUAGCAAAUGGAAAAGCAGAAGUACCCCUAGGAUGGAUCAAUACAGGUAUAAAUUUGCACAAUCAUUCUUUCACAAUACCUGCUGCUGUCCUUUCCACACAUGCCCUAGCGUAUGCUGUAGUUUUAGGAUUAGACUUCAUUUUCUUCAGUGGCCUACAAAUCAACGUAAUAGAUCAAAAAUACGCAUUCAAGAUUGCGCCCACAGAAGAAUAUCCUUUUCAACCAGGAGUUGCAAGUAUCCCACCUUGUGUUGACUCAUCACGUAAGAAAACCAAACCAACCAAGCCCAGUUUACACUUGAUGACAUCUGUACCUCCACCUACACCCUUACUGGUCCUGCAGCAUCCUGAUAUAGUCUCUGAUGAGGUGUUAAUCAGAAAUGCAGUAGACAUGGCUCAUUUACCCCCAGAUGGAAAGCAGACCUUACACCACAUCCUUGCAAGCAAGCAAAACACAGAACUACCUUGGUCAGAAGUUGACUUAUGGGAAGAACAACAGAAGGACCCUGAAGUGACAAAGCUGCUGCAAGCCAUAGCAGAAAAUUCGGAUCUGGAAAAUCGAUACGAAGUUAUCAAUGAUAAAUUGUAUCAAAAAACACAACAAACAGAUAAUCACAUACAUUACAGAGUUUACAUACCCCAUAGUCUCCGAACUUCAUUCUUACAGCAUUACCAUGCCAGUCCGUUAAGUGGCCAUGGAGGGAUCUUCAAAACCUACAAGAGACUGCAAGAAGUUGCAUUCUGGCCGGGAAUGUGGUCAGACGUAAAACGUCAUGUAAAAACCUGCAUAACCUGUCAAAAAUUCAAGAACGAUAAUCAGAAACCAGCCGGAAAAUUACAACAAACCAUCACAACCCGACCCAAUCAAAUGAUAGGAGUGGACAUUAUGGGACCCUUACCACGAAGCACACACCAAAAUGAAUACCUACUGGUAUUCGUGGAUUACUACACCCGUUGGGUCGAAUUAUUCCCUAUGGGUAAUGCCACUGCCCACACUGUUGCCACCAUUUUCAGGAAAGAAAUCCUAACUCGAUGGGGAGUACCGGAUUUUCUUAUCUCAGAUAGAGGUGUCCAAUUUACCUCAUCUGUCUUCAAGGAGCUGUGUGAAAACUGGAGCAUUACACCAAAACUGACCACUGCAUACCAUCCACAAACCAACCUAACUGAAAGAAUCAAUCGCAAUCUCAAGAACAUGAUGGCCGCAUACGUAGAAGACAAUCACAAAAAAUGGGACCAAUACCUACCAGAAUUCCGUUUUGCUUUGAACUCUGCAGUACAGGAAACCAUCGGACUGACUCCAGCCGAACUGCAGCUUGGUCGAAAACUCCAAGGCCCACUGGACAAACUUCUGCACGGUAACAAUUUAACACCCGAUGCUGCUUCUUAUGAUGUAGUUCAGCAUCUUCACCAACUACACCUGCAAGCAAAAGAAAACAGUCAAAAACCGAAGAAAAGACAACUGAGAAACUACAAUAAGGACAGAAGAGACUUAAUCUUUAAAGAUAAGGAUCGAGUAUGGUUGCGUAACUUCCCACAAUCCAGCGCACAACGUAACUAUAGUGCAAAACUCGCUCCUAAAUGGAAAGGACCCUACCGUAUUGUGAAGCAGCUUGGUCCGGUAAACUACCAGAUAGUCCUGGAAGACACUGGGGAAGAUGUCCGAUCAGCACAUGUCUGUAAUUUAAAAAAGUGUUUCCCUACAGCAGAAGAAUUAGAGUAUCAGGAACAGGAAAACCUUCACAAGUUAUUUCAAGAUUCCUCUGAUGAAACUGAAGAAUUUUUAGGUUUCUAACCUGUAUUUUUGUUGUUUUGUUAAAUCACCCUUGGGUGCUUUUUUUUCCAGGGGGGGAGAGUGUGGCAGUGCAGAAACUUUCCGCCACCAUAUUUUUACAUUCUUCUUAUUAUUAUUAUUAUUCGUGUUUGCCUCCGCGAAUCGAUCACAUGAGAGGGAGGAGUAAUAGGUGGAGCUAACCUGAAAGAACCGGAAGGAGAAAAGUAAAUAAAAGAGACGGCAUUGCAUCCGGAAGUACUGCGUCAUUGUUUUUGUUUACCUGAGUGAGAGUGUGGGCCUGCCGUGAGAGGACGGAUGUUGUUCCAAUGCUGGCUUUUGAGUUUAUUGACGAGUGCAACACGGAGCUUUGGCUUUGGAUCGUGUGAGCAUUUAUCCCAGUCGAUAUUUGAGAUAAGCUACGGACAACUGGAUUGCUUUCCCGUCUGUUAUGAGGACAGAGAGCUGCUACACCUCACUCCGAGGACCUCCACUUCCGUAAACUUUGAUGACGCAGUCCAUACCCCGCCUGUAUUUUUUCAACAUUGACAUUUAAACUUCAUAUUUUUACAUUUGACUUACCUGAAAUAAAUCACCAGCACCAAACUGCA